GCUUAAUAUUUGUAACCCAUUUUUAAAAAUUACAGUAUUUUAACACAAAAUGCUGCGAUUUGCCACCGUUGUUUGGAGAAGAAGUGGUGAAAGAGUGUGGAUUUAAGAAUUUUAUGGAAUAUCACAAUCAUACUGCACAGACGGACAGGCCUUUCAGAUAUUCUUUGCGCCACCUGACUCCUACAAGUACGGAAUCUGUAAUGAAUGAUUCUUCAGAGGAAAUGGACCCUCUCGAAUGUUGCAAUCUUAGUGGAUUUAUUGAAGACUCUUGGCGUAAUGAGUGCCACUUCGAAAUGUCCUGGGAUGUUAACAGACGACUUCAGAUUAUUGAUGUCAGUUCCCAGGAACCGUCAACCACGACGACGGAAAGAGUAAAUGUCCUUAAAACGAAUGAUGUUAAAGUCGUUCCGUUUUCUUGUGACAAAGAAACCUGCAUUUUCAAAAAGUUGAAUGUCAUUAAUGAAUCCGGUACAUUUGAUACGGCAGCAUUUACAAAACUACUAGAUAAUAUGACAAAUCAGUAUCCAGAAUGGACCAAAGCAAAAGCGAGAGUCAUGACACAGUGCUUGAAUAAACUGCAUCGAAUGUAUGACGCUGAUUGUAGUUUAAAUGAAAUUCUUCAAUGCGUGUUCGAUGUGUUGUCUGAGAACUGUCCUCAAGCUCAAAAAGAUGAUCCUUGCAAACAGAAGAACUCAGAUUCUAAGAAUGUUAUUUGUCAGAUAAGUGGAGGAAAAUACACACCGAAGUACCGUCGUACAUUUUGUGGAAUCCCGAACUUGGUACCACCAGAGUUGCUAUCCGAGUGUGGUGUGACGUCAUUGUCCACGCUGCAAUACGUACCGCAGUAUGAGAAGCCUAAAUCUUACCGUUGGGAGAAUAAAAUGAAUUGUCAAGAAUUAACUCCACCUACAACCUGUCUACUCAACAAAAUGGGUGUUCUCAGCAAAUACGGUUUCGUGGAUUACUUCAGGAUGAAGGAUCUAAUACAUUCCUACAGUAAAUCCCCGCUCUACGAGCUGUAUUUUAGUGUGUUCCUUACAACUCCCUUGUACAAGGGAUAUUGUAGUUCUCCGAAGAAGUUGUUGAACUUAAUCGAUUUCAUGCUGAUGACCUGUCCAGCAUCACAGCGCAAGGAAAACAUACCGAAAUGCAGAAAAAUGUUUCACGAGUUAAACACAUCAGUGCCUCAGAACAUGACAAGGGAUCAACUUACGCAGAUAUUUAGAAAUAUCCAAAACUCAUUAUCAUCCGAACCCACUAGCCCCACAGUACAGAAAAAUAAGGCGUACUAUAAAACUAAUAAAUUAUUCGACUUCGGUAUUUUCGGUUCAAAAGACGCGCCGGCUGUUAAAGUUAUUGAUGUCAAGCCGAAACCGAGAACUUUGGUGCUGCUCCCAGUGUAUCAGCGUAUGUCGAACAAAACUACGGGAUUUCCCAUUAAUUCCUUGCAAAACGAUGGGAUUUAUAGGUCUUAGUUAAUUUUAAUAUA